GGGAGAGCGCAGCCUGAUCCCUCUCAUGUGCGACAUGCUCCUAGACGCACGGUCCGGGGACGUGGGGCUGUGGUCCCCUAUCCUGGCCGACGCCUGCAGGCACGACGAACUCCGUCGAGUCCUCAUCAUGAGGGUGUUCCCGCGCGUCGUCCGAUCUUCGGUGGCGGAGGCGUUCGCCAGGAGCGGGGCGACUUUGGCUGCUUCGUGGGAGGAGGCCCUCCGGUCCCCGCUGGAAGAGCUCGUGGCUCGCCAAGAGCGCCGCCGAAGGAAAGAGGCCGCCGCCGCUGCCCGCGGGCCCCCCGGGGGUGCCACCGCCGCUGCCGCGUUCCCGGGGGCGUCGUCGACAUCGUUCGGGGCGUCUCUGUUCGCCAUGACCAGUGGUCGAAACGGCGGCGGCGGCGGUGGCGCGAUGAGUCGUGGGGGUAGUGGGGCCACGGGGGGGCAGGCGACGGCGGCGGCGGCGGCGGCGGCUGGUGGCGGGGGUGGGAGUGGGGAGCGUCCCCACGAGGACGUGAACGCGGUCGUGGAACAGGUGGUUAUGCUGCUCGGAGCGUGUCCCUUCCCGGAGCGGAUGAACCUCAAGUGGUUCUACUCCACCUUGGCAGACCUCGGUCCCCGCUUCCACGCCCAGGCCGUGCAGGUAGCGCUGGGCGUAUCGGGACCCGCGGCUCGCACCGCGGCCGUCUUGGAGUUGCUAGGGCAGCCCGGCAACGGUGGUGGCGGCGCGGGCGGCGGCGGGGGCGGGGUGGCCUUGAACGUGGUUCUCGACGAACUACGGCCGGUGGCGGCGGGCGGCGGGAGCGGUGUGUGGGGCGGCACGGCGAACCAGGCCAUUUUGGAAGCCGUUUUCGUGUGGAUCGACGAGCGCCGGGGUUGGGCCGAGCUUCGCGGGACAAGGCACUUCCAUACCAUGGUUAGCACACUCGUGCGCGCCGGGCGCGCGCGAGGCAUGGUGGCCGCUUCCCUCGCCGCCGGAAAGCGCCAGGAGGCCUACAGCCUGUGCCAAAUGCACUAUGCCGCGGCCGCCGCCGUCGUUGUUAACGGCAUCGAACAUGGCAGGGGUGGUGGGGCGGCCGCCGCCGCUGCCGCCGCCGCCGGCACCGGCGGAUGGUCUAGGAACUCUCUCGAGAGGUUUGCCAAGGAGUUCGACCUGAAAUUGCCGCCGGUCUAAGCAGUAUCGUGGAUGCGUGAUAUGU